AUGGCAGACAAUAAGAUUCAGGAGCUUCUCACAAAGCCACGCAAUGAACUGACGGAAUACGAGAUAUCGCUUCUCGAGGAGCAUGAGUUUAGCGCCGGCCCUUUAUCAAUUCUCCAAACCGCUGUCCGUAGCCAUACGCAGGUUCUGAUCUCUUGUCGCAACAACCGGAAGCUCCUAGCUCGCGUUAAGGCUUUUGACCGCCAUUGUAAUAUGGUGCUAGAAAACGUCAAGGAGAUGUGGACCGAGACGCCCAAGUUAUCAAAUGGAAAGAAAGGGAGACCUGUCAACAAGGACCGAUUUAUUAGCAAGAUGUAUGUUGUGUACACCCCACACGGCUCGAUGACAGGAUACCUAAUUUUGCAUCUUCCACAGGUUUCUAAGAGGAGAUUCGGUUAUCCUAGUCCUACUCAGCUAGAGGAAAAUUUGGAACCCGGUUAUAAAAUACCACUCGUGUACGCGGCAUAUCCUUCAUUAUACGGUGUCUAA